UUGACUGACCCGACAUAUGAUUGUUUUGCAUAGCCAAAGUGGAUUAGUAUUUUGGAGGAGAUUUCAAAAUUUUGAAUUAGUUGUGUAAAAAACUUGAUAUAGUUUGUUUCCCAUGUGUAGCUAAAGUGGAUUAGUAUCCUUUCUCAUGUUUUGUGCCUUUUCUAAUGGACUAGAUUUAAUAAGAUAUUAGUCUCAUUUCUCAAAUAAGGGCAAAAUUAUUCUGGUGAUGAUCAAUUCAUGAAUCAUAUUUAGAGGGCAACUCCUAGAUCAAUUAUCGUGAAAUAGGUUUUCUCUUUUUUGUGGAUAGCCUUUGGGAUAGUAGUUGAGAACAUCCAAUCUAGAAGAUGAAAUGCAGAGCAUACCCCUUCAUGUCUCAUAUCGCUACAUUAGUAAUUACGGUGGGAGGACUCAUGUUUUAUUGAGACUUUCUCCAUAUGCAUAUGCUUGAAUUUCUCUAUUUUACUUUUUAUCUUUCUCCUCAUCCUCUCUUUCUUGCUUGAUUGCACCACUGGAUUUAUUUUGUUCAAAUACAGUUAAUGAGAGAUUGUAAUACUCUAGCUCAAUAUUUGUUACUGAAUUUGUUGGUACUUUAGCUUGACUGACAUCAGAUUUCAUGUCCAAGAGUAUGGUAAUGAAAUUUGCAUGUUUUUACAUGUGAGAUAUGUUAUGGAGGUGGACCACUCUAGAACAACUGGCAGGUUGAAUGUUGUUAUUGAUGCUACUGUCAUAAAUGUUUGUUUUAAAAUUUCUUAUCAUAUAUUCUUGCUGUAGAUCAUAGGAAUCAUCCGUUCUUUCCCUUAGAGUCACUUAAGGAUUUUAGAGGAGAACUUCACAUUUGGAGCUUUAUGAGGUUUUCAUUCAUUUAUUUCGUGAAAACUUACAUCUUAGUAAUCUUUUGUGUCUAUCAAAAAUCCUAUUAUUAAGUUCGAAAAUUACUUUCACGAAAGUAUCUUCAUAUUUUUAAAGAGUAUCUUAAGAUUUAAGAUAGAAUUAUAAGAACUAAUUAUCAUCAUUUGAUCUUGGAUAUCGAGAAGUCUACUGGGAACAAUUGUAUAGGAGAUAGUACUAUAGUCGUCAAGACCUUAGCUAUUUCGAAGCUGCAAAGAGUCGGAGUCAAGUGACAGGUACUAUUAUAUAUAUUAACGUUUGUAUGCCUUUUAUAUGCAGCCAAUUGCUGUCACCACAUGUGUCCAAGAAUCGUUGCCAGUUUUGGUGGUUACUCUGUCUUCUUUGCGUUUGCAUUGGGCUUCUGUGAGUACCAUUAUUGAUGUGUUAUUCUUAACUGAAAGAUUUUAUGCACUGUAUAUUUGUGUUGUCAUGGAACUAUAACACAACGUAUGCAUACUUAAAGCUGAAUCAUAUACUAUGUAGUAGCAGCUGAAUCAUAUAGGUAAUAGCUACUAGGUUAUUAACUACUGUAUGCCUGUAUCCUGGUGUAACUAUAAACGCCUGACAUAUGCUUUUGUAUGUCUUUUAGUGUGCAAUUUGAGCUAAUAGGUUGCAGGAAUGCCACCAUAUACUUCAAGUAGAAUCUGACCAGGAACUUCAAUAAAGUGAUUGUUUUGGCUUCCCUUGGUGCUUGCUCUUAUUUUUCAGGGAGUUACUUAUAUAUUGGGUAGCACAGUAGUUUUUCCAUUAAUAUAUCCAACUCUGUUACUGAUCAUUUUUUCUUAUCAAAAUGCUGGUGUUACGUUCUAAUUUCUGACCAUAUUCCGUCCCACAAUCAGAACUUCUUUUCUUGAAAGUUUUUCAAUACCGGAAAUUUCCCUUUUUUUCUUAUGAAGAGAGUGAUGGAAAUCCCAUGUUCCUGUUUACUUCAAACAAUUUAAGGUAAGUCAAAGAAUAUCUUGAAUCUGGAGUCCUUAGUGUUAUUCUUGUGGAAUUUGCUAUUUAAUAAAUACGCUCUAGACUGGUCAGCAUAUACUCCAAGUAAACCUAUGGAACAACGAAGUAUAUGCAUUAUACGUAAGUAAAAAGUAUCCGUAUAGCGCUAGCUUUUAUUCUAGAAGAGCUUUGAUGACAAACAAUCUAUGAUUCAACCAUCCUUAGCUGCAUAUUUCUCUCUAACUGCUUGUCUUCAAUUUCCCUUUCAGCUUGAUAUAAAUAUAAAUCCUCAGCUCUCUUUUGAGUACAUCAAUUAUCUGGAGAAUCCCAUGGAAUUAAUAAAUGAUGCUCCUUGCAGGUGUUCUCGGCUUAAGUACGGAAAUUCUAAAGCCUUUUGGACUCUUUAGUUAGACUAUAUGACACCAUCAACCAUGUAGUCGAUUCUCAUCACUAAGCCUUUUGGACUCUGCUUCUCUGCACUCAAAGAAAAAGGAGGAGGAAGUUAGGAAAAAUAUUUCAGAAGGCACUAUAUAUCUUGAAAGGGUUGCCAAUCCUUUUUCCCUUGUAGCAGAGGGCAGCAUUUAUCUUAUGCAUGGAGUAUAGGUGUGAGCUAUUCUAGGUUGUUGCCAGUGAUAAUAAUAACCAUGUAGUUCUCAUCAGUCAUCACUAAUGGCAAAUAAAUCCUUUCUAAUCAUUGAAUGUCGAACCAUCUAACUGGUUCUUAUUCGUUUUUAACUUGGAAUGUGGCGAAGCCUGGUCAAUUGUUAUAACCACUCUGUCUCUCUGCACUCAAAGUCAAAGAUGAAGCAUUUAACUUAUGCGUGGAGUAUAAGUCUAAGCUAAUGAUUAGAAAAAACUACAUCAAUAAGCCUAAGCUAAUUCCGAACUGUUGUCAGUUGUACUUGAUUCCACAGAUAAUAAUAAGUUCAUUAUCUUUUAAAUUGAGUGAACCAUGGAGAGCACCGUAAAAUGUUAACCUUACUGGCUUUUCCUUGUUUGUUGUAACAGACCCUGAAAGCGAUAAUGCAAAUGAUGAUUCCACUUGGAAUAAUUGAUCUUAGGGGCUUGCUACUGCAAAUGCAGAUAUGACUUUCUUAACAUUUCUGGGGCAUCGGAUGAGAUGCUUGCAUCUGGUUCAUUAUAUAAAGGUGAUGUUAACUUUGUCCAUAGAAUGGUUGAGGUUGUUGCAUGAUCAUAAUAAUGGUCGUACGCUGUGUGAAUUCACAAAUCACAGGUAAGAAAAUUUCAGCUCAUCAUUGUAAUUUAAAUGUUAUUAAAUUCUUUCAUAUUCGUGCUACUUAUUCCAUAACAGAACUUGAUAUGAAUUCAUGAAACCUGAGAAAACUUACCUCGAUAAGUUAACUCCCACAACCAAAGCAUACAAGGUAAAAGUGAAGCUCAAGGAAAAAUCACGUACAUUGGUUUCGCCUCAAAAACAGACUCGCUACCAACAACUACUCUUUGAAGAUGAAAAGGGUAAUACAAUGCGUGGAGCAUUGUUUGAGAAUCAGAUUGAGGAAUAUGAAUCUGUCUUCAAGAGUAACCAUGAGUACGAGAUUGCAAAUGCACCCCUAAAAGCAGUGCUGGGUCGCUACGCCACGCGGGAAGAUGAUUGUCAGAUGAGCUUUGGAGGUCAAGCCAUGAUCCAAGACUUAGAUCCUGAAGCAAAGCCUGCGGAACCUGAAUAUCAACCAAUAGCUGCUAUUCCGCGCACAACUGAUGCCAGUGAUCGAUACGAUGUGCUGGGCAUUGUGCUCUUCGUUGAGGAUACCCGAGCAAUCACAACUUCAGCUGGUGUUGCACAUGAAGUGCGAGAGAUUGUCAUUACUGACCAUAGCACUGAACAACCCUUGACCAUUUCAGUGUGGGACGAUCUUACAGGAACAGAAACAAACUUUCUAAAAUCAUGGGCUGGGCCAACUCUUGUCGUUGGCUUUACAUCUCUUAAGCCAUCUACCCACAAAGGCUUUUCUCUAUCAACUACUAUGACAACUGUGUUUGACCGAAAUCCAGUUGGAGAUAGAGCAAAUGCGUUGCGCAAAUGGUCUGAAGAGAAGCGUGCACUGGUGCUUGCAAGGAUGGACCGCAUCCGUGAGGUUCGAGAUCCCUCCGAACAAAAUGAAAUCCACUCCAUUGAGUCGAUCAAGCUAAAACAGGUUGGAAAUACUCUCCAAGAGGAAAAGCAUUGGAUUAAGGUUACCAUUCCAGAACCCACACAAUCUAAAAUUGUGCCAUAUGUCGGAUGUAACAACUGUGGUAAGAAAACUGAAGUGGAUUGCAACACCUCUUUCACAUGCAAGUUCUGCAACAAAGAAGGCUGCAUAGCAGCACCUAGAAUCACUUUCAAAUUCACCGCUGCUGAUGACACUGGAGAGAUGACCUUCACAGCUUUCACACAAGAGUGUGAAGCUCUUUUCAAGAUGACUUCAUCUGAGAUAUACACUCAGAUUACUGAUAACAUGUUUGACUUUGCGCCGAUUGCACACCGCCUCAGCUCAGAACCAUUUUUCCUACAGAUUGGGCCGGGAACUGCGCUUGCUCGGAACAAGAUCUUGACUUGGGUUCCGAAGAUGAUCAGCUGGAAUUAGUGCAUCUCAGAUAACCAGGCUGACUUUUUUUGCAUAAUGUGGGCUUCUGAUAGGAACAAGGACCUUUUGUCUGCCUAACUUCUACUCAUGUUCUUUGUUCCUAUACGACACCCCUACUACUUGCCGAUUAAUAUUUAGUUUAGCUUUGUAAUAGCAAGUGGUAUGUGUUACAUUAAUUAGGAACUAACCUUUUGUACCGGGCCCUUUUGAGUGCGGAGACACUUAACAUAAACUCUAGCAAAAACUGACUGGAUUUGUAGCUUUCCUCUUUUUUGUGCAAACAUCUUGCAUCAGGUCUAGCAUGAUAUUAACAGGUUUGUAAUAUUACUUGUGCACACUAUCUUAUCAAGCUUGCAUACUUGAUCUCUAUAAGAUGUCUCUUUAUUUA